UGAAAAUAAACCAAUUGAAUUGGAUAUUCCAAAUGGUAUAUUAAUUUCUAUAUUUCUCUAUAAAAACCUUAUCUAAUAAAAUGACUGCAAUCAAUGCAGUACACCAGUGUCUUUUCUGUCCGCAAACAUUCGCCAGUGCCGUUGAAAAGGAUGACCAUAUUUUGAAUCAUUUUGCACAUAAAACAUGUACCGAAUGCAAUCAAAAUUUGAUUCAAAUCGGGGGCAAUUUGUACACAAUCCACAAUGCCGUGACCUGUGUUAAGGUCGAGAUGAAAAUAGAGAUGACAUCACCCCUUCUCGAUGAAUCUAUGGAGAAAAGUGAAAGUCAGUGGGACACAAAUAGCCAUAGUGAUGAUGAUGGUGAUUACACGGAGGCUUUUUCAACAUACGGCGAAACAAUGUGCACUCAAGAAAUGCAAAUCAAACGUGAGUCAUUCGAAGCAAAAGCCCGAACAAAUACACUCACUGAAUGUUUUCCGACGGAGCCAGUCGCAAAACAUGUUGAGCCGGUAGAUUCGAAUAGCAGGUCAAACAAGAAAACAGGAAGGCCCAAAAAAAGUGCAUGCUUGAAAGAUGAAAAAGAGCUCACAAAUCUCAAGCAAGAAAAUGUCGCAAAUAAGAGAAACGCUAUGGUUCCUUGCGAUUUGUGUGGAAAAUUCAUGUCAAAAGAGUCGAUAAAACGGCAUAAACGAGUAAUGCACAAUGAAAAGGGAACGGUAUGUAAAACUUGCACAAAACAUUUUCCCACCGAAACCGAAUUCGUGAUCCACAAACCCAUUUGCGAGGAACGAAAGAGAAAUCUGGAACGUAACAAAAGGGGGGAAUUCCAUUGCGAUACAUGUAAGACUAUUUUCAAAUCAAAAGGCUCGAUUCGGGCCCAUAUGAGAUACUAUCAUGAUCCAGAACAAAAGAUAAAAACGGUGCCAGCGCAAUGUGAUCUAUGCGGCAAACUGAUGAGAAUCGAUACAAUAUCGAAACAUAAGCGCAUCGUCCAUCGCGAUCCAGCGACACCAGCUUGUACGCUCUGUUGCAAAACAUUUGCCAACGCAGAACAGCUAACGAAGCAUAAGCAAGAAGUCUGUGAUAAGUCGGGCGCAUUUGAAUGCACCAUUUGUAGAAAGGUCUAUGUCCUGAGGGCAUCUCUGAAGAAGCACAUUCAAAAACAUCACGAUCCAGGUUAUAAGAAGAGCGCCCCGGUUCCGUGCGAAAUAUGCGGCAAAGUGAUGAGAAAAGAAUCAUUGUCGAAACAUAAGAGAAUUGUACACAUUACGAUUGGAAAACAUGCUUGUAAAUUUUGUGCAAGAGUUUUUUCGAGCGAAGAAGAGUUUUUAACACAUAAAUCGCUGUGUUUGUGGAAACGGAGUAAUAAUGAAAGCUUUAAAAUUGGCAAAUAUGAAUGUGUGACGUGCAAAAUAACAUUCCAAUUGAAAUCUUCGCUUGAGAAACAUACUAACUUAUUACAUCAAUAACUAAUUUGGAGAAUCAUUUCGUACAUUUCGGGACUCAUCAUUACAAAAUCUUAUAAUAAACUAAGAUUGAAGACACUUUCAGACUCGCUCUAACCUUGA